GUCGCCAUGCCGGAACCGCGCGGGCAGUCUCCUCUGCGGGUGAACAAGGCUUUUGCGGCGCGGUACGGCCGCUACCGGGAACGCGAGGAGCUGCAGCGGCUGAAGGAUCGCUAUGGGGACCGGGACGGCGGCGGCGACUCUAGCUCUGAGUCUGACUCCAGCGAGGAAUGCGUGGAAUUUGACCCCCAGCAGGAGCGCGACUUUUACAGGACACUGUCCUUGUUGAAAAAGAAAGACCCCCGCAUUUAUCAGAAAGAUGCUACCUUCUAUCAGAGAACAGUAUCAUCCUCGUCUUCAGAGAGCGAGCAGGGACCGGCAGCCUCUGGGAAGCAGAAGAAAGUAUGGCCUAUGUACUUGAAAGACUAUGAGAGGAAGGUCAUCUUGGAGAAGGGCGGCAAAUAUGUUGAUGAGGAGAACUCAGAUGGGGAGAGCGCUGACCAGAGACUCCAGCAAACCUCGUCCCAGAGUUAUGUGGAGGAACAGAAGCAGCUCCGGGAGAGCUUCCGGCCAUUCAUGGAGGACAGCGAGUCUGAGGACAGUGCCGGAGAAGGUGGCUCAGGCUUGCUGCAGAAGCACAGGAAGACCCAGGAAGAGCAGGCCCAGGAGGACACAGACUACGUGGAGUGGCUGAAAGGACAGAAGGAGAUUCAGAACCCCGAGUCACUGAAGGAACUGAUGCACCUCAAAGAAUAUUGGGACAACCCAGACCUGGAUGAAGGGGAGCAGUUUCUGCGUGACUAUAUCCUUAACAAGCGUUAUGAAGAGGAGGGCGACGAGGAGGAGGAGGAGGAAGAGGAGGAGGAAGGGGUCCCUGGCCCCCCAGUCCAGCUGGCUGUCGAUGACUCCUCAGACGAGGGAGAGCUAUUCCUGAAGAAGCAGGAAGACUUUGAGCACAAGUACAACUUCCGCUUCGAGGAGCCAGAUGCGGCCUCGGUCAAGACCUACCCACGCAGUAUUGCGUCCUCCGUGCGCCGCCGAGAUGAGCGCAGGAAGGAGAAGAGGGAGGAGACCAGGGAGCGGAAGAAGAGAGAGAAGGCCAAGAAGCGGGAGGAGCUGAAGCAGCUGAAGAACCUGAAGAGGAAGGAGAUUCUGGCAAAGCUGGAGAGGCUGCGGCAGGUCACAGGCAAUGAGACGCUGGGCCUGGAGGAGCAGGACCUCGAGGGUGACUUCGACCCUGCCCAGCAUGAGCAGCUGAUGCAGAAGUGCUUGGGCGAUGACUUCUAUGGUGCCGCAGAGGAGGAGAAGCCGCAGUUUGAGGAAGAGGACGGCCUUGAAGAGGACUGGAACUGGGACAUGUGGGGCGGUCCCAAGCAGGACAGCGUGUGGAGCCAGCAGGAGCCACAUUGUGAGGACCCCGACUUCAACAUGGAUGCUGACUAUGACCCCAGCCAGCCCCGGAAGAAGCGGCGUGAGGCCCCCUCCACAGGCAAGAAGAAGCGCAAGUCACCCUUCGCCGAGGCCGUGGGCCAAGAAAAGCCUGUGUUCAGUCCUGGGGACAAGACCUUUGAGGAGUACCUGGAUGAGUACUACCGGCUGGACUACGAGGACAUCAUCGAUGACUUGCCCUGUCGCUUCAAGUACCGCAGAGUGCUACCCUGUGACUUCGGGCUCAGCACUGAGGAGAUCCUGGCUGCUGACGACAAGGAGCUGAACCGCUGGUGUUCCCUGAAGAAGACCUGCAUGUACAGGUCAGAGCAGGAGGAGCUGCAGGACAAGCGGGCCUACAGCCAGAAGGCCCGGAACUUCCAGAAGAAGCGGCAGAUCUUCCAGUCACUCUGCCCAGAGGAGAUGGAGACAGCUACGGAAGCCACUGGGGAGCUGCAGGGAGAUAGAGCUGGCCCGCGGGAGCAGCUGCUGGCGCCUGACAGAGGCCAUGGGGAGCGACCCCAGCCCGAGAAACCCCCAGCACAGGAAGACGAGGCUCCCGCUCUGCCCUCCAAGACGCCAGUGCCCCACAAACGGAGGAGGGGCAAGAAGGCUCGGCUGCUGGGCCCCACAGUGACACUUGGUGGCCAUGAGUUCAGCCGCCAGAGACUGCAGGCAUUUGGUCUGAACCCCAAGCGGCUCCACUUCCGCCAGCUGGGCCGGCAGCGGAGGAAACAGCAGAGACCCAAGAGCUGUCCCGGAGGCCAGGAUGGCAAGGCUCGCGGAUCUCCAGGUUCCUGAAGGCAGCUGCACUCUCCUUCCACCUGUG